AUGGGCAAUUUCAAGGACUUGAUGACGAUUAUAAAGAAAUGGCGCCAGAGCGUGUGGGAGCUCAAGCGAUUCACGCGCAUGAACGUGACUGAUCCGUUCCGAGCCGUUGUGGCGGACUACGGAUUCAUGAACUGCGAGGACGCACGCGAACGAAUGCAGCUUCGAGGGGUUUACCGGGAAUACUUUGGACGGGGAGCAGAUGAGAUGAGACUCCACGAGGCAUGUAUUGCCGGAAACCUGGGGAGCUUCCUCGAGUCGGUCUUAGGAAGAAGCCUUGCGGUGUCCCCAAACCUUCUUCGGAAUUCCUAUCCCUUGGAAAACUGCCCUUAUACGGGCAUGGUGACGGAUUCUGUUAUAGAAUGCCCAGAGUCUGCUUUGGAUCAGGUCAAAGCUUUUAAGAGUGGUGAUGAGGGGAAAGAGUCAGUGGUAAUUCCAAUUCCGGAUGCCUGGGACGAGGCGACGACAAAAUUGCUUUACGAACGUGCUGCGUUCACAGUGACAGGCUAA